UGUAUUUUGGCGCGCUGAGCACAUCUGCAGCUGCGUACAGAGAGGAGGAACUACGGGUGAAACCUAAUUUCUUAUUAGCUGACUAGCCUCGCGUUUGGUGUAGUUUGUCCCCGAAUCGUAGAAAACUGUGCGGAGGAGGUGGAAGUGCAGCUCCUUACAUCUGAUCUGUCACACUGACAUCUUCACUACAUACCCCAGAUCCCCUUUUUCAUCUGCAGUUCUGAACACCAGGAGGAAGAAAAUCCUCCCUCAUUGGGUAAGGAGUUUUCGACUGAGGCAUAGUAAUGGGAAAGAAGAACCAAUCUCAGGAUGGAGACUCGUCUCAGUCAUCUGAGGAGGAAGAGUAUGUAGUUGAAAAGGUUAUAGACAGACGGGUCGUGAAGGGCCGUGUUGAAUAUUUCCUGAAAUGGAAAGGUUUCUCAGAGAAGCACAACACAUGGGAGCCGGAGAAGAACCUGGACUGUCCAGACCUCAUUGCUGAGUUCAUGAAAACGUACAAAAAGGGAAGCAACCCUCCGAGCAGCGGUGGAAAAUCCUCCAACACAAGCUCUACAGCACCUAGGGCCAAGGACAGUAGCAGCAACAAGAGAAGCUCGGCAGAGGAAGAUGACGAAGGAGGCAGCAAAGCUAAACGGAAAAAAGAGGACGCUAUCCUUGUAGCGAGGGGCUUUGAGCGAGGCCUGGAACCGGAGAAGAUCAUUGGUGCCACAGACUCCUGUGGAGACCUGAUGUUCCUCAUGAAAUGGAAGGACUCUGAUGAAGCAGACCUGGUGCUUGCCAAAGAAGCGAAUCACAAGUGCCCACAGAUAGUCAUCGCCUUCUACGAGGAGCGUCUCACCUGGCACGAGGACGGUGACAAAAAGGAAAAGAGCGUAGUGGAGGCGUGAGGAGUGGGGUACCCCCAUACACACACACACCUCCGAUGACACACAUGCACCCUCAUAUUCCCCCUCCACGCAUCACUGGUUCUCAACUUUGAUAUUUUAUUUUUUUAAACAAAGAAGAGGGGAACCGCAAAAGAACAAGGCUUGCCAGGAGACACGGCCCUGUCUGUCAAACACCCUUCAAUUCCAAAUCCAACUGAGAAACAGUCCAGAACGGUGAUGGCACAUUUGGAUUUAGGAUGGAAGGAAUGAGAUAUUACUAUCCUUGGUUAUUAGUCCCCCCCCCCCAAUUUAUGCUUAUGUUUGUUAGUCAUAUUGCUCCUGUAAACUUCUUCUUACACUGUAAUUGUGGUUGGGUAAGAGAACCAGUGCUCUCUGGUCGGUCGUAGAUUGUACAUUUCCUCUGUCAGUGGUUCUCAAUCCAGCUUUGUAUCCCCCUGCUCUGCGUUCUACCUUUUCCUUGGUUGAUUGUAGAACUCGUCGGUGUCCCACCGAUUAGCUCAAGAUGGUUAAUUUGGCUAAUCAAAGGCAUCAUGACACGACUAAACAGACGUAUUCGAUGAGCUUUGUGCUAGAUAGGGAUUGAUGGAAGGCAUUGAGGCCAGAGAAGGAUUGAGAACCCCUGGUCCAUGUGAAUGGAAAAGAAUGGGAGGUUUGUGGCAGCAUUUUCUACUUAUUUUCUCUUCCGCGUUGGAUAAAGUACAGUAUAAUAAAAAAUGUGUAGGUCUUGUCUCAAUUUAUGAUGCUUUUGACCCGCUCUGACUUUUUUUUUUUUUAUAACACCAAUGUGUCAAGUUGAUUUUCAUUUUCCCUUUUUGAUUGACCUACUAUUCGUAACUUGUCAAAUCAAAGAAAAUUGCAUCCCUAAGUUGUCAUGUGCAGUGAAAGGCAUUGUAUAAUAUACAUUUGUAUUCUUGUACUCAGUAUUUUAAAAAAAAGAUCCUGAUAAUUCUUCCUUGAGGCCUCUGUAUUUUGACUUGUGUACUACUGCCCGCAGUGUUACAAUUUGGCCAAGAGUCACGCUCCUCUUCAUGGCACUUUCAUCAUCAAAGCACAGUCUGUCGCCAGAACACUGACACACACCCCAUAAUAACCUGCUGGACUGUCUGACAAUCCCCACAUCCUGACCCCCAGGAUUAGCCAGACAACACUCAUCAUCACCCCGACGCGAGUCUGGUCCCACAUCUCCACCCAGUGGUGGAAGACCAAACAGGAUUGUUGUUACCAAACCAGUAACUCUUUGAGGAGUGGGAAGUCUUUUCACUCUGUUUUAAAAUCAUUUCUUUUUUUUUUUAUCAUCGUGUUGAAAGAUGCAGAGUGUAGUUGCAACGUGUUUUACUAGUUACAAGGGUUAGGAUUUAUUUUUUAUUUGAAUGGCCUUUUAUUCUUUUUGCUCUUAAAUGGCUAUCCACAUCCUCCCUCUGAUCCUUUACUUUCUGUUAUUUCUUUCAAUCAGUGUGUUCAUUUAAGCCACGUGUUUUAUCAUGGUGAAUGCUUUGUCCAGUCACAUUUUGUAUGUCUUGUAGCAUAUUCCAGUAAACCUAAUUUUCGACAUUACACAAUGUAA